AUCUGCGCAUCUAAGCCACCGGUGCUGAUCAUUACAGCGGGUGACGGCUGCAGGACGAUGUGCUGAACACGGAGCUUGACUGGAGCGUCCCCCCCCCCCUCCUCCCCGAGCAUCUGCGAGGAUCCCGGUGCGCGCAGCGGUGCAGAGACACGCACUGGAUCACCAUCCUCUCCCUCUUCAAUUAUUAACCACGUAUCUGUUCCUCAAGCUCAACAUAUGCCGCUGCUGCCUUUGUUUACUCCCGUGCACCAGCUGAGAACCGCGGUGGACCAGGCGGGGACACCACGGAUGGACACCGAUGGCCAGGCGCCCCAGAUUUCACCAGAAGGGGGGACGCAACCUAAAAUAACCCCGGUGCCAAAUGGUAAGAGAGCGGAUUCAUGAGCAUGAAUCAGUGCGGCGGCGGCGCAGGGGUGAUGCUGUAACAUCUCUGCGGUGCAUGUGUGGGUUUGACCCUGGCUGCUGAAUUAUCCCUGCGGCUCUCUGCACGACGCACACCGAGGAAUCCGUGACACAUCCUGCGUCUCCAGAGGCACCGUCCCCCCUCCUGGACCCCCCUGCACCUCCAUCAAUAGAAUUCCGGACACCGGUGACUCUUUAAUGGCUUUUGUGUUCAGGAGAUGGAGGGUUUUACUAGUGCUCAACGUGCUCGCCGUCGCCGGCUUCAUGACUUUUUGGGCCAAGUGCAACACAGGACGCAGCGUCCAACCCGCCGGUCCGGAGGCUCCGGCUGACGGGAAGAGGCCCCGGGGCAACGGGACGGCGCAGGGGCCCAGCAUCAGCCAUGAGGUGCUGCUGAAGAGGCUCAGCUCGCUGGAGGACGUGGUGUACCGGCAGCUAAACGGUUUGUCCAAAUCUCUGGGCUUGAUUGAGGGCUUUGGGGGCCGGGGUAAAGGCGGCCUCCCCGCCACGCUGUCACCAUCCGAGGAGAGCGACGCCAAAUUCCUGAGGGAGAAAUAUGGCUACAACGCCUACCUCAGCGACAGAAUCUCUCUGGAUCGGACCAUACCAGACCACCGGCCCAGCAAAUGCAGAAAGGUCAGCUAUCCCAGGGACCUCCCCCAGAUCUCCCUCAUCUUCAUCUUCGUCAAUGAGGCCCUGUCCGUGAUCCUGCGCUCCGUCCACUCGGCUGUCAAUCACACGCCGGCUCACUUGCUCAAAGACAUCAUCCUGGUGGACGACAACAGCGAUGACGAGCAGCUGAAGGGACCUCUGGAGGAGUAUGUGAACAAACGUUACCCCGGCCUGGUGAAGAUCGUCAGGAACCAGAAGAGAGAGGGACUCAUCCGGGCCAGGAUCGAGGGCUGGAAGGUGGCCACCGCCGAGGUGACGGGAUUCUUUGACGCCCACGUGGAGUUCACGCCGUCCUGGGCUGAGCCAGUCCUGGCCAGAAUAAAAGAGGACCACAAGAGGAUCAUCCUGCCGUCAAUCGACAACAUCAAGCACGACACGUUCGAGGUGGAGCGCUACGAGAAUUCGGGUCACGGCUACAACUGGGAGCUAUGGUGCAUGUACAUCAACCCGCCCAAACAGUGGUGGGACGAGGGGGACAUGUCCGCUCCCAUCAGGACCCCCGCCAUGAUCGGCUGCUCCUUUGUGGCUAACCGCGAUUACUUUGGCGAGCUGGGCCUGCUCGACUCGGGCAUGGACGUGUACGGAGGAGAGAACAUCGAACUGGGCAUCAGGGUUUGUGUGUCACCUCCUCUCGUCCCCGCUCCCUCCUCACCCCUGUAGGUUUAAGUGGAGCAGUGGCCACCGUCGCGUGACACCGCUGAUAAAUGAGGCCCCAUUAAGAGUUCUGGAGGAGCAGUCCUGGUGCAGUUCACAGCCGGGCAAUGGAGAUAAAUAGGUCACACAGAGUGGGAAGCGACUGUACACUCAGAGAUUGGAGUUUGUAAUUGUUGU